AUGGUGGGCCCUCAAAGGCCAAAAAAAGCGUUGAGAGGCAAGGGUGGAUCGAAGAGGGGGAGAGCUCUGAAAGCGGUAGUAGCGCGGUUGGGAAAGAAGGGGGUGAAGGAGGGAGCGAAGGAGGGGGUGAAGAAGAAGAAAUUUAUAGGUGAAAAAGCCCUUGACAAGCUUCUCCAGCAAAUCUACUAUGACCCUCAGCAACCGGGCAGUCUGGGGGGAGUGGAUAAACUCUUCCGUGCCGUGCGGGGCGAGGGGGUGGGGAAGGAGCGUGUCGCGGCGUGGUUGCGGGGACAACCCAGCUAUAGCCGGCACAAGCCUUACCUCCGCCACUACUCGCGUCAACGGGUGAUUGUGAACGGGAAGGACCAACAGUGGCAAGCAGACCUGGUGGACAUGCAAAAGUGGAAGUCCCACAAUGACGGGUACAAGUAUAUUCUCACCGUCAUCGACGUGCUGUCCAAGUACGGGUGGGCCGUCCCCCUCAAAGACAAGACGGGGCCCCAGAUCGUCCAGGCGUUCACUAUUAUCUUCAAAGGAGGCAGGGUACCCGAGAAGCUCCAGACGGACGAUGGGACGGAGUUCAAAAACCGGACCUUCCAGGCGUUCCUCGCCGAGCGCAAAAUACAUUUCUUCACUACACGCAGUGAGAUGAAAGCAUCGAUUGUGGAGCGGUUCAAUCGCACCCUCAAGACGUGGAUGUGGCGAUGGUUCACCGAGGCGAACACAUUCCGUUACGUGGACAUGUUGCCAAAGUUGGUUGAAAAUUACAACCACUCCUACCAUCGGAGCAUCAAACGUGCCCCGGCGGAUGUCGUCACUCCCGACGACGCUCAGGAGGUGUGGCACACCCUGUACGGUGGCGAGGCGUCGUCGAAAAAGAAAGGCAAGAGCAGGCCACCGCCCAAGUUCCAUGUUGGGGACAAAGUGAGGGUGAGUAAAGUCAAGAACGUUUUCGCCAAGGGCUACACCCCCAACUGGACGGAGGAGGUGUUCACCAUUGCUCAACAGUACCACGACAAGAAGCAAGACACGUACGCCUACCGGGUUCGCGAGUACGAUGGGACGUGGAUCGAGGGCAGGUUCUACGAGCCCGAGCUGCAGUUGGUGCGUUUCGACGAGGAGAAGGAGUUGUACCGCAUCGAGAAGGUGCUGAAGACCCGGGGCGUUGGCCGGAAGAAGGAGCACUUUGUGAAAUGGCGGGGGUGGCCCGCCAAGUACAACAGCUGGGUACCCGCCCGGGAGGUGCAUAAAAUAGGGUGA